AUGGCUGCGGUUGAUGCAACAACCAAGGAGAUGGAGGCACUGCAUGUUGGACAAAAUGAUGAAACAAAAGAGAAUCUUAUUAGAGAAGACAAAGCUGCAAACAACAAUCAUUCUGUUCUUGCAGCUCAGUCCUCACCACCAGAGGAUGAUGACGAUGAAGCAUUGCUGACGGUCCAUCUAAAGAUGGAGCACCAGGUACGGAAAUAUAUGAGGAGCAUCAUAAAGCCUGGAAUGUUAAUGAUUGAUCUAUGUGAGACGUUGGAAAACAUGGUCCGGAAACUUAUCAAGGAGAAUGGACUGCAAGCUGGCAUUGCCUUUCCAACUGGAUGCUCCUUGAAUUGGGUUGCAGCUCACUGGACUCCAAAUGCGGGUGACAAAACUGUGCUACAAUACGAUGAUGUGAUGAAGCUGGAUUUUGGAACACAUAUAGAUGGGUACAUUAUUGAUUGUGCAUUUACUGUUGCAUUCAAUCCUAUGUUCGAUCCAUUGCUUCAAGCAACGAGAGAUGCCACAAAUACAGGGAUCAAGGAAGCUGGAAUAGAUGCACGGCUUGGUGAUGUUGGUGCUGCAAUCCAAGAAGUUAUGGAGUCAUAUGAGGUUGAAAUCAAUGGGAAAGUUUUCCAAGUUAAAAGUGUUCGGAACCUCAAUGGACAUAGCAUUGGGCCAUAUCAAAUCCAUGCUGGGAAAUCAGUUCCAAUAGUGAAAGGUGGAGAACAAACAAAAAUGGAGGAAGGGGAGUUUUAUGCCAUCGAAACUUUUGGAUCUACGGGAAAGGGAUUUGUCAGGGAGGACUUGGAAUGCAGUCAUUACAUGAAGAACUUUGAUGUUGGACAUGUGCCAUUGCGGUUAGCAAAGGCCAAGCAACUACUUGGGGUCAUCAACAACAACUUUGGAACGCUUGCCUUUUGCCGCCGGUACUUGGACCGCCUUGGUGAGACCAAGUAUCUCAUGGCUCUGAAAAAUCUAUGUGAUAAUGGCAUCGUUCAGCCGUAUCCUCCCCUGUGUGAUGUGAGAGGGAGCUACGUCUCUCAGUUUGAGCACACCAUCCUACUCCGGCCAACCUGCAAAGAGGUCAUUUCCAGAGGCGAUGAUUACUGA